AUGCAGCAGUCUGGUUACGAUGAGAUGCAGUUUUUGCAGCAGCAGGUGAUGCUCAAGCAACUACAUGCUCUUCAAAGUCAGCAGCAGAACUUUUUAAACCCCUACUCGUCAACAGUCCCGAAGCAAGCUAGUAAUAGCGGGCAGUUUCAGCCUCUUCACGACGCAAUGCCUCUAAAUGAUUCUUCACCAGGAUAUCUAAACUGGGGGCAGAGGAAUGCUUUCCCGGGACAACAAGGAACGCUCGAUAAAACCAUGUUUUCGAUGGGUCUUGGUUCUCAGCAGCCUGAUAUCUCUCUGUACGGUACUCCGGUUGCUAAUGCAAGAGGUAGUACGGGUCAACAGCCUCCCAUCCAAGUCAUGUAUCAGGAACCCAACAGUCUAGCAGCUAGGCCUCCUAGUGGUCAAUCACAGAAGUCUCUGAUGCAGUCAUCGGGUUUUAAUAACCCUUUCCUUAAAAGUCAAUAUGGUUUAUCUCCAGCGCAGUUACCUCUACAACAACAGGGAGCGUUUAUGUCAAAUCUUGGAGUUCAAGGGAGAGGUAUGUCCGAGGCAGGUUUGAGCAAUGGAAUUCACUCCGGCAAUUUCCUUUCUCAACAGUUUGACACUUCAUCGAAAGGUUCUAGUAGGAGGCAGGAGGAACAAGCAAGUUGGUCUUCAUUUCAGCAGAAGGGUUCUCAGGGUUUGGUUCCUCUUGACCCACUGGAAGAGAAGAUUCUGUUCGACAUGGAAGACAGUAGUAUUUCUGAGAUUGCUUCUGGAGUAUUCGGUGACAAAUUUGACAGUGUGAAUAUCUCCAGCUCUUUCCCAUCUAUGCAUAGCGGGAGCUGGAGCGCGCUUAUGCAGACCGCUGUUGCAGAAGCUUCUAGCAGCGAUACUGGUCUUCAGGAGGAGUUUAGCGGCUUAACAUAUCAGAAUAUGGAACUACCUGCGGAUAUUAACGACAUAUCCAAUUUCCUGGACAGUGACAAGCAACAGGCUGGUUGUGUAAAUAAUAACAACACCUUGCUUGGCUCUUCCUCGUUAAACGCUAGCUUUCCUGGGUUUCAGGUGCCUUCAGAUCAGCUGAGAUCAAGUAUCUUUCAGGAUGAUAGUACUCCUGAUUCCACUAAGAGGUCCUCGAACGUGACUGGUCACUGGGUGGAUUGUAACCCUCAACCGAUGAUAUCGACAGUGUCUUUUGAUAAUAUAUCUACGGGUAAUAUGUAUAUGCAGUCCUCAGGAAUGCAAUCUCAGACAGGUAAUUAUAGCUUUAAUACGGCUGAUUCGUCUGCAAGUCACUUAGCUGGCAUGUCUUCUCAAGGUGGAAAAUGGAUGAAUGCGCCCGGUCAGCUCGGAAAAGAAGCGAUGUUCCCACAGUUUAUACAACAGAAUGAACCGGCUACAGUGACUGUAUCCCAAAUGCAUACGACCAGUCCAUUUGUAGCAUCUCAGCCUGAGAACGCAACAUUUCCAGGAGUUAUUUUGGAUGGUGGCAUUGGAGGUCACACCUUUAAUCCAACUAGAUCACCCCAACAAGGUACCAAUCAGCAGUUCAACGUGUGGAUGGACUUACCAACUCGCCAUUAUCCUUCGGAUCAACAGUCACUCAAGUUUCCCUUGAAUUCAACAUCACCCGUUGAGAGAUUAGGAAGUGAUGUCUCGACUUCGCAAAAGGCACAACAUAUGUCGUCCACAGCAUAUAAUAUGCCACAGAGGGUUGGUUUGCCUCAAGAGCAAGGAGCUGCUGCUAAGAAUGACUCUGAUUUCACUGCCCCCAACAAAGAUUUUAACAGAUUGCAAGGGGAGAAUAACGUGGAUUUCGGUUCAUCUUUGAAGUCAUAUGGACAAAACUAUGGAUUCAAAAUGCCAGUGGAUAACGGAAUGAGCUCAAUGUCACAGCUUGAGUCAUUUGUAUUCGACGACCCUAAGAUGGAACAAAAUGUUUGUUCCAGUGGCAGUAGCCAUCUUAAUCUUCCCACGUCAGCGCCCGUGUGGUUCAAGCAGAUGGGAGCUGUUAGAAAUGACCAGAUGCAACCGGCACACGACUCUCAGGAGACUCGGCAUUUUAAGCCUUUAAACACAAUGGACAAACACGCAGAGAUAAUCGCACCAAAGAAACGAAAACUUAUGAGAACAAGGCUGUUGGGUUGGAAUGAAGAAGCCUCUAAUGCAUCCCAAAGGGACCACACAAUCAGUGAGAGAGAGCAAGAAUGGGCCAGAGUUUCUAACCUGUUAGUUGAGAAGGCCGAGUAUGAUACUCAGACCUUUGAAUUUGCACCUCCAUUGCACCGUUCAAAGAGAAGACUUGUUCUAACAUCAAAGCUUCUGCGGCAGCUAUUUGAUCCUCCACCCUCAUUCAAACUUUCAGCUGCAUCAUCAAGCUAUGAUAUUUUGCUUUUCUUCGUCGCGAGAGCAACUCUUGGUAAUGCUUGCAGCCUUACCCACAAGAGAGAAAAUGUGUUGCCAUCAUCAUCAUAUGAGGUUGACAAGAUACCGGAAAAGAUUGAGAAUUUUGAGAGAAAGGAUGUGCAACAUUCUGAAGUUGCUAAAAAAUUAUCAGAUCAAGCAAAGAAACUCGAGGAAAGCUUCGAAAGAGAUACAUUGCAAUGGGACCCAUGCCUCGGUACCUACCAGAGGGAGUACAAUGCCUUUCGUUAUGAUUCUGCUCUUGGAAACUAA